AUGGCUGUCAAAGAGAAGGCAAGACAGCUCAUCAAGUUGCUGGAGAAGCUACCCGACGACAGGGUCAAGCACUUUGCCAGUUUCAAGCAGACUCAAAUCGACAAGUUCAACCCAAUAGCAGGACUGCAAUCGACUUCCACCAAGAAACGGUCAAGAGGUAUCACGGAUAUAGUCAAGACUUCGGUCAUACAAACUGAAGUCACUGAGCCAAGGCCGAUCAAGACCGACCUGUACACCGAGCCUGUUCUGGAUCGUCAGAUAGUUGCUUUAAAGAACAUCUUGAAUGACAAGCACUCCAAGUUCUACCCUCUUGGCGACAAGCUGUUGAGACCCAAGGGAAAUCCAAAUUACUAUGACAGGUUGGUAGACAAUCUGACUGGAGAGAAGAAAGAGAACUUUUUGAGGGGAAUGUGGACUGUUGUGACUGGAAAGUACUAG